AUGGCUCAACAAGAUAACAACACUGGGUACCCCAUCUACCUCUACACCACGCCCACAUUAAAUCAAAACCACUUCUAUAAGAGAACAGUCGACAUCAUUGGACAUUGGGCCAUAUGUAUUAAUGGAUACUGCUACGAACUCACCAGGGUGACUCCGUCCGAGAGACAAAACUUAGGUAUUCAAGGACAGUACCAGAUACGAUCUCUGACGGAGCAAGAUUGGAAGAAGAAGAAGCGUGGCGAAGAAAGACGCAUCAAGGAACGGGAGCCUGUUGGCUACACCUCCAGGCCGUGGUCUCACGAAACGAUCAAGCGUAUUGCCGAUCUAAUCUGGAAGGGUCCUCUCCAGGGGACAUACGUCUACGACAGAAACAACUGCCAAGUCUUUGUCCGUCUUCUGGUUGAGCUUGUGGGAAACAGGCAAGUUAUGGUUAAAUUCCCAGCGUUCUUCAACGAGAAGGUCAAAGAGGCUGGCAUCGCCCGAGAUAUGACCUACUUCGCCAUGACAGGUUUUGUUAUUGGCGGUGGUUCAAUGGCUGCGGGUAUGAGUCUGUUGGUGACACCAGGCGAUCCGACUGGAAUCAUGGGCGCGUGUGCUGUUGCUGCAGGCGGCGCGGCCCUUCAUGCCACGAAAGAAGUAUGGGAGUCUCGAAUCAACAAAGAUAAUUUUAUUUGGGCUGCUCAACAGAACUUGAGAGCAGAGCUCAUGCGCGAGGGGACUCUUUGGUGA